AUUGAGAAGAGCAAUCUGCUAUGGCUAAAAAUAACAUGAAGRASAACGGUGUCAAUGAAAAGCUUUUACCCAUGAACAACAGUAAAGGCGAUGGAAGCCCUGAAAUUAAAAUCCGGACUCSAGGAAGAUCAAGUUGCCACCGCUCCGAGUCCAUACGWCUGAAGCGAUUUGAUCUGAUUUCCGAGGAUAUCAGUGUCUUCCAGGCUGCUCGCGAAGGUCGUUUGCAGAUCCUAAGGAAUCUCAAGAAAAACGGAGAAGACUUAGAAGAWAAAGACAGUAAUGGUUUUGCCCCYAUUCACCAUGCMACUCGCGCAAACCAUGUUGAAAUUAUUCGUUUCUUGUUGGACUCUGGAGUYGAUCCAGACACAAGAGGAGGUAUUUAUCAACUCACACCGCUUCAUGUUUCUGUGAGGUUCAACUGCUUCGAAGCAACCAAGUUUCUGAUAUCUUCUGAAGCCGACCCUUCAAUCAAGUCAACCGAUGGCACCUCCCCAUUACACUUUGCAGCACGACACGCUGUCAAAGAGAUUUGUGAAUUAUUGCUAGAUGACAAUGUUUCAGACGUCAAUGUCCCGGAUAACAGCGGUGUUACGGCGUUCCAUCUUGCAUGUACCAGCGGUAAUGUAGAGAUCUGUGAGUUGUUUUUGGAUAAUGGAGCAGAUGUGUUCAUGGUUAACGCUGAAGGACGGAACUCGCUGCAUAUCGCUGCCUUAUAUGGUUACUCAGAGAUUGUGAAGAAACUGAUACAAACCGCUGAAGAGCAGAAUGCAGAAAUUGCAAAAUUCAUCAACAGUUGUGAUUCUGACAACAACACACCUUUGCACUUGGCUUGUAAAAAAGGACAAGUGCAAACUGUCAAAGUGUGCUUGCAGCAUAACGCUGAUUUGGAAGCCAGGAACGAUAUAGUGUCCAAUACACCGCUGCACGAUGCUGCACAGGCAGGACAGGUUGACAUCGUGCAAAUGCUCAUUGAUGCUGGGGGCUCAGUAACGUUGACAAAUGCUCUGCACCGUUUACCCAUACACUUUCUUCUUNCCAAUCCUCAUCAAAAAGAUGUUUUUGGUAAGACCCCACUUCACAUGGCUGCUGAAAAUGGCAAUAUGGACUGCGUGAAAGCUUUAGCAGAAACGAGUCGUCUCCAUAUUGGAGAUACAGAUGAUACAAAUUGUACUCCACUUCAAGAAGCUGCUAAGAAGGGACAUCGAAAUGUUUGCAAGUAUCUUCUCCGACUUGGUGCAGACGUAACUUCCAAAAACAGUAACCGCUGGACAGCGCUGCAUCAUGCCGCAUAUUCAGGUCACGUGAGAWCAGUAGAAGCUCUUCUCCAGGCCAAGACUGUGGGSUCAAGCCAGACAAUCGACGAACAAAAUAGCGAAGGCAAUACUCCGGUUAUCCUGGCUGCAAGCAAAGGGCAUGUCGAUGUGGUCCAGCUACUUAUCAGUCGAGAYGCAGAUAUYACUAUUCGUAAUAAAAGAMAAAUGACCUGCCUUGAUGAAGCCKUGGAGCGCAAUAAAUUGACGGUUGUCAUGGAAAUUAUUCAAAGCGACAGGUGGUUCGAGGUAGUAACACAUCGACCUCAAGAUGAAAGAUACCCAAUGAAAACUCUCAUUGAGAAAAUGCCUCAAGCAGCUAAYGCAGUUUUCGAUCGAUGCAUAAAAUUCUCCGAACUYCCACSGGAAGAUCCCGAAUACUUCGUCGAAUGUGAUUUUCGUCUCCUUGACUCACUAAAAGCCGAAGAAGAAGUACUUGGAAAMAAGUCUCCAAASCACUUCUUUGCUCCAACCACAAUGAUMMAAAACGAACGAGARRCWUUGCUGAGCCAUCCUCUUGUGAAAGCUUUCUUGCGACUGAAAUGGAGAAGGAUUGGAAGACCUCUUACAAACGUUUCUGUUCUCCUUUACGUCAUCUAUGUAGCUCUAUUUACWGAUUUCUUGGUUAGAAGACGCCAAGACAGUGUCAUAUAUAARWCAGAUGACRACAGGACAGCUGAAGAAAAUAGAAAGAUCUUUAAGAAGAGUAUGUACAAUUUGGACUUCCCUGUAUUCAUCACAGUUAUAAUCAUUUCCCAAGCUCUCAAAGAGAUCUUCCAGAUGUGCACUCAAGGAUUGAGAUAYUUCAAGAGUAUGGAUAACUACAUCGAUUGGGCAGGAUACGUUUUGGCUGURGCAUUUUUGGUUCCUCANCUUUUUAGAGGGAAUCCCUAUGCCAAGUCUGGGGCACUAUGGCCACUUGGAGCUUCUGCUGUCCUUGUUAUGCACUUCACAUUAAUUUUAUCCAUGCGCUGUUUUGGAUCUAUAGGGAUUUACAUUUCAAUGUUCAUUGAGAUACUGAAGACGUUGGGUAAAGUUUUGUCAAUAUUUGCUCUGUUCGUUUUCUCCUUUGCUUUGGUGUUUUUUACACUUCUGAAAGAACAGCCACCCUUUCGAACGCUGGGCUGGUCAUUUGUCAAGACAAGCAUGAUGGUGAUUGGAGAUAUCGACUAUGAUGGUUUAAUAACUGACAAUCUACAAACCAGAAACCCCAUUACGGAUGCUCCAUAUGUACCAGUUCCUGUAUUUACAUCUUCCAUUUUMAUGCUCUUUGGCUUCAUCAUGGCUGUCCUUUUUAUGAACCUUUUGAUUGGUUUGGCCGUUGGCGAUAUUGACGGCAUUCAAAGRAACGCAUCAUUCAAGAGAAAGGUCAUGAAAGUUAACUUGAUUGUUGAACUUGAAGAACGCUACCCAAGAAAACUAAYUGAAAUGCUUGGAAUCAAACCGAUUAUGGUUUUUAAGCCCAACGAAACAACUGGCAUCACUAAUCACUUCUUGUUCAAGCUCUUAUACUCGAUAGACGUGUCUAUAUUCCUUGAUACAAGAACGACAGAGAAGGAAUUAGAUUUGGCUUCUGAACUGAUCGAGCAGAAAUUCCGCACGAAGGAGCUGCAAGAAUCAAUGGAAGAGCAAAGGAAGCUUUUGGUCUCAAUGRCAAAGCAGUUACAAAUACUUACUGGGUUUACAAGUCCACAUGACGUCCGUUUGAUGUCGGUAGAGACAGUAGAUUUUGGGAGACCUGYGAGUCCAGAAGCAGGAACUAGUCCAAGAAGCGUACCACCCUCCAUGCUUUAAUUAGCCGUUUGGGAACAAUGUAYAGAUUGUGUUAGAACAAUAGAAGCUUCAGUUAAAUUCGCUAGGUCGCUAUUCKUUAUAUUUGGAUGUUUUCUUUUAUAAGUUUUUUUAUACAGUAUAAUUAGACCGCAUUUUCCAUACUGAUUUUCUCAAAAAAAAGGAAAAAAGGAAAUCAAAUAAAAAAAGAGAAAGAGAUAAUAUCUGGGCCAAAAUUAAAUUUUCAUGUUAAAAUGUUCAGUAAAUUUAAUAGUGAAGGCCAUGCAAGUUGAAAGCGCGUCCACGACGCAGCCACGUUUUCUAUUUUUCGCGCGCUUUUUAUUUAUAAAGCAAUAAAUUAUUUCCUGUUGUAAUUCUUAAUUUAUUUUGUUUCAGUAUUUUUUGUAACAUUAUAA